AACAAAUUUUAUUAAUUUGUUCAAGUGGAAACGUCUUAAAUAUUAACAAUUUUAUAUUCUUAAAGGAUACGCGGUAAAAAUCAGAAAUAUAAAAGAUUAAGUCUAACUUUUAUGGUUGCCCUCCAACGCACACUUUAAUUCUCGUUGAAAACGCUAUGCCUGACAUCUUUUUUUAACGCGAGUGUUUGUUUUUUUUUUUCUUUCAAGUCGUAGAAUCAAAAAAGAACGAACUUUAAAUAGUGAAAUUAUUUAAUGUAAUUAUGGCCACUAGCCGAGCGACGGAAGUGUUCGAUGUGGAUUUAUUUGAAACACGAUUGGAGGCACUUAAGGACACGCAGGAUGGAAUACAACAAAUGUCGGCGUGGUGCUUGCAGCAACGUGGACAUCACAAGAAAAUCGUAGCCGCCUGGUUGAACGUCUUUAAACGAGUGCGCGUAGAACAUCGUUUAAUAUUGUUUUACUUAGCCAACGAUGUUAUACAGUAUAGCAAACGCAAGCGUUAUGAGUUCGUAGAAAGUUGGGCUACUGCUUUACAAAAGGCCACUACAAUGGUUCGGGAUGAAAAAGUUAAAAAUAAAAUAUUACGCAUUUUCAAUAUUUGGGAGCAACGUGAAAUCUACACUGAAGAGUAUUUAAGUGAUCUGUGUGGUCUACUGAAUAUAUCGCCACCUAAGAAAUCACAUGUGAUCAUUGAGUCAGACGAUUUUCAGAAUAGUAAUUUGGUAGCCAGUGUACGAGAAUGUGUCGAACUUUCCGAGAUGACCGACAAAAGUUUUAAGAAAUUACCAAAAACGCCAAGUUGUGAUAUAAAUAUCAUCAAGCAACAAUUGAAAGAUAAAAGUCAUUCGGACGAUGUUGAAAAGGAAAUUGAACGCUAUAUCACUUAUAUUGAGGCGUUUAAUAAGAAUUUACAGGCUGAAAUCAAGAGUCGCAAGGUCGUCCUGAACAAUUUAGAUACGGCCAUUAAAUUCUACGCCAACCAACGUGGUGAAGUUAAAGUUGUUGUUAGUGCUUACAAAAAUUUUGGUAGCCGUAUAAAGUUGGUCAAAAAGAAAUUGGAUGAGAUAAGUCCUAAUCUACCUAGCCCCAUACCAUCGCCGGACGUGAAUGCUCCGUCACCAGAGCCGGAUACCGAUUUGCAAUUACCCGAUGAACAAUCGCCGAUCUCUAUGGAUUUUUUAAAAAGUAGCUUUAACGGUUAUUCUAGUUACCUGGAUGGUAAUUUGCCCUUCGACGUUAAUGAUUUUAAACGUAAAGAGAAUUCCUUGAAGUCUUCAAGCCAACCGAUUGAAGUGAUUGGUUCACGCUCGGACGAAGAAAAUUUCAAUUCUAAUAGCGAAUAUUAUAAGGCGGAAUCAAUAAGCGCGUAUCCUGGCGCUAAUAACGUGCAAAUACCUGGAAUACCCGUACCGGCAGUACCCUCAGGCGGAUACACUUCGCUGGCAAGAGCGGCUCAGCAAUACAAUGAUGUAUUACCGCCUCCGCCAACUCCACCAAUUUUUGGCUUAAACAAUCCUCUUACUAACAGUAAUAUACAUCAUAAUCUGAAUACUGGUUAUAGCGCUCUGACAACGGCUGGUAGUUACGAACCUAACACUGGCCUAACUGGCAAUUAUGGUACAAAUUCUUAUAAUAACAGCGACGGUGGGGGCUCAGCGACAACUAUGCGGCCGCUUAUGCCUCCGCCCCCUAUACCAACUUCGGUAGACUCUUUAGAUACCUCUAGCUCGGGGGGCGGUGCGGGUGAUUUUAAUUCUACUUGGGAUAUGAAUAUGAGUUGGACGAAUCCUUUAGAUUCUUCAACUGCUUCUACCUCUUCUUAUGGUCAAACCCCGAUAGAUACACCAGUUUCACCGCCGCAUUUUGACAGAGAACCGCUAAACAGUGCUGCGGCUCCUUUAGAAUAUUCCGAACAUAAUAGCUCACUGGGAGCAACACAAGAUGUUGAUCAUCGUCAGCUGCAUUUACCACCAUUUGGAAAAUUGGGGCUUAGCAAAGAGAAAUCCCGUCAAUUGGAUAUUGAUCAUAGGAAUUUAAUAUCAUUAACCGGUUCACCGGGAGCAAAUGAUCUUGAUAAAAAGUCUUGGUUAUCAGCGUCGGCAGAUGAGUUUAAAUCCUUGUCAUCAAGUGACGUAGAUUAUCGUAGAAUCGGUCAAAAUAUUAAAACUAUUGAGACCACAGCGUUGCCUUCAAUUACCACGACUACAAGUGCUACUACGACUAGUGAUGUUUCUGAGGAAAAUAAAGCUUUUUCCGGCAAAGUGAACGAGACUUCCAUCGCUUCACCACAAAAAGAUAAUAAAAGCCCUUCUGCGGAUUCUCAGAAAGAUGAUAAAAUAGCUAGUGGAGGUACGAGUUAUGAUCCUACAGAUAUGGUUGUUGAUAUGGACAUGUCUGAUGAUGAUCUUGAAGAUAUAUUUAGAGAGGUAAAUGAUCAAGAAAAUGAGCAAACAGAGAGCCAGGAGAGUAAAACUACAAUCGAAGAUGCAACAAAUAAAGAGUCAACGGAAUCAGCAGAACAAGUGAGGCCACUCGUGAAUCCACCACUUCUAGAAACACCGACUGAAUAUGGACCGCCAGGUGUGUGGGAAGCAAAUAUGCCUGGUGUACCUGGUGUAGACAAUUUCGCUAAUAGUAAUAAUGGAGGAGAUUGGAAUCAACCAACGCCAUGGAAUAACAGCAUAGGACGCGGAGGCGGUCUCAUUCCGCCCCCACCUCGGCCGCCUUUUCCUCAUAUGCAAUUCCCCUAUCCAAACGGCAACGAUAAUGCGAAUCCGUUCGCAGGUGGUCCCAUGGCCAGAGGAAGACGUGGUGGCGGCAUUCGAAUUUGGACUCACAAUCAGUAUCGCCCUUUCCCUCGACCUUCGCGGGGCAGUGCCAUCGGCGCGCCGUAUUUCAGUAGGGGUGCUCCGCGCGGAACCAAAUUCAGAGGAAAUUUUCGAGGCAAAAACACUUGGAUAUAAUUGUUUAAAUAUGUAUGCAAAGAGGGCAUUGCAACGCCGUUUUAAUUUUUAAUUCAAUAUCACACAACAUUUUAUAGCCUUAGCAGCAGAUGAUAAUAUAAAUUGUGUUAAUUUAUUUCAAUUUUAUUAGAAAUUUUUCAGCUUAUCAAGAACACAAAAAGAUAUACAAUGGAAAAGUUAAAAAGAAAAAACCGUUUUCAACUAUUACUAAUUCUAUGAGAAGCUUUUAAAUUUUAAUGAUUUUUUUAAAAAUUGAAAUGUAUUAACGUUUUUUGGUUAAAAGUCAAUUCUUUACUAUUUUUUCUCUCCGCGUAUCAUACGUUCACUUAUAAAGGAAACGAUCUUGAUAUGCGAUUUUAAAGAGAAACAAAUUAAUUACAGUAGAUUCUCCAGCCGACGCUGUUGCUCUUUUGCGAUCAGUAUUCUUUUAAGCUUUGUGCUUACAAGGAAUACUCAAAAAAAAGUAAGGGCAUGUAAUACAAUGCAAGAAAUGAAGAUCGGCUGGAAAAUCUAUAAGCAUUCAUUCUCCUUUUAUUUAAAAAAUAUUGAAGUCUUGUAUAAAAACUCUCGAAGUCAUUUAUUUUCUUUCAUCUCAGUUUGAAUUUAACAAUUAGUUUUAGAUAAUUCUCUUGCAUAUAAGUAAUGUUCAAUCUAUAAUGAAUAUAUAAUUUCGUAAAAACAAAAAAAAAAAAAAAACAAAAAAAAAGCUUAAGUUUCGGAAAGAAAACAAGAAUAGAAAUGCUGCUACGUAGACUUUUUGCUUCAUGAAUAUUAUUGUAUCAAUCAAUAAAAGGUUUUAAAAACAUAUACAUAUAUACAUACUUAUAAAACAUAUAUUAACCAUUUUAAUCUUUUUGCAUUUAUUUGAGUUGUUGACGUUGUAGUUAAGUUCAAGUUAUUCCUGCGCACUCACUUGCCCAUACGAAGGCGUAAAAUCUUAAAGCACUAGCACAUCUAAUGCUAUCGGCUUUAUUGAAAACUCUACCGCUCGUGAGAUUUAAACCCGCGAUCACAGAGUUAUUAGUUGAGACACUAUAAAGUCGUUUUAAUUUUGACUUUGCAAGACACUUUUCUUUGCGUCAAGAAAUAUUUUGUUAAACAAACCGGUUUCUUCCGAAGAAUCAAAAAACAGGAAAGGGAACCUACGUCAACCUCUAUAAAUACAUUUCGAAUGUCCAUCAGGUACUCAAUUUUACAUUGUAUUUAAAAAAUCAUAAAUUGGACAUUGGACAUCCGGAAUUCCAAGCUAAACUUACAAACUAAUAAUUAAAAUUUUGUGGCUUCAAACUCUUAAAUUGUAAGAAAUUUUAAAUAUAAGAACUUUUCUGCUUGUUUUCUGCAUUUGAAAAUUCCUGGCUUUCUAUUUUAUAUGUGUCUGAACUGCAGACAAUAAUUUGCGCUUUUCUGUAUGCCAGCUCUAAAGUCUAGCUUGAAACAAACGAGUUAAUGCAAAAUAUAUGAAGUAUGGUAUAUUUGAUCAAAAGGUAGCGACUUUCAUCAUUCUGAUUGCAAUAUCCAAAUGUAUGCUAGCCGGGGCAUCGAUGUCUUAACAAAUAUUAUAAGUUGUAAUAUUGAUGGAUGGAUAUGGUCGCGUCCGAUGGUUUAUGUUGAAAUUCGACAUAAUCACUGCAACUAUGAUAGAAAGUGAUGCUACUUAGAUUCUUAGCUGAAUGACGAUGACAUCGAUGCAGUUUUCCAACAUAAUUUGUGUAUCUAUCAAAAACAUUUAUAUACUCAGUUGCAAGAGUAAGAGUACCCGUAUUUCGUGUUAUGAUUUAAAAUAUUAUUAGCAAAGUUGGAGCAUCCUAAUAUUAUGAAAAUUGACUCUGAUAAAUACAACGCUCCUACGUGUUUAUAGUGUGCCUUUAAACCGAAUAUAUCCGUGGCAUAAUACAGUCCGAUUCUGUCUACCUGCAUAGUACAUGAUGUCCGAUUUUUACUAUGCUUUUCGAUUAGUUGAUAAUAUUAUUGUCUGCCUUAUUUGCAGGGUGGGGCGAAUUCCGCUCUUCUAUUUGCGGUAGGUUGUAGGAUGUGUAUAUUUGUGUGUUACGAUCAGAAUGACUAGAGCAGUUUUGCCAUUUGUAAUAUCAACAAACGCAUCUUAAAUUCUAAACCAAUAAUAAUAAGCUUAAUCACCUUUCAAUAACAACAAAUUUCGUUGUUCAUAUAUUUGUCGAAAAGUGAAAUACGUUAGUCAUAUUCAUAUCGCCAUUUAAUUUAUUGCGAUCUAGCUAUUGCUAUCGGCAAAAUCUGAUUAUGAUCAAGUAAAUUGGUCUACCGUGCAAUUCCUUUCGAAGCAAUCAUUAAAUUUUUCACUCAAUACUGAACAAUAUAGAUCCGUAUCUAUCCAUAUUUUUCACAUUGAUCGUGAAAGACGAGAAUGUUGCACAAAUACUAAUACACGUUCUUACAUAUUUGGCCACCAAGGUUGAGGUGCGUAAAAAAGAUAAAACCUAACUCAGCUAUACUUAGAUCAGUUCCACAGAUCAUGCGAUCAAACCCGCUCAGCAAUCUAACUAACAUCUAACCUUAAUACCGCUUCAGGAUGACAAAGGCGUCAACUAACUCAUUGAGCUUUCUUAUUUUUAUCUUGGGCAGGUUGAUAUUAGUCUAUAUGAUGAAUGAUCAGCAUUCCAAUUUAAAAUAGAAUAAAUUUAUUGUUCAAGAUGCAGAUGCAAGUCAAGGCAAAAGUAUCUCGAACAAGUAGAAAACAGUUUUCUUAAAGGCUAGUUAUCAGAGAAAAGAUUUUUUUUAAUUGUAAAUUUUUUUUCGGCUACUCGAAGUAGGCCAGGUACACUAAUGGAUCGUGUAUAGGGCAACCGUGUCAGAUUUUUCUUUUUCUCCCGAGCAGAUAUCUAUCGAUCAUCUUUUCAAUGUGUUAAAAACGCAAUAGAAAAACUCAUGUAUUAUCAGUAGUAGGCGAGAAGGUAGACUAAAUUUCAGUUUGUUAACAUAUUGACAUAUGAUCUGAGCAAUUACGGGGUUUGUCUUCAAUUCCACAAAAAUAUAUCGUCAGUUAGCGAUAUAUAUAGCUUGAGAGUCGGUUUGAUUCUGGCAUCUCGAUGUCAAAGGUAUUUCUUGGCUACUGCGGUAUUUUUCUGAUUAUAAGAAUCUUUUUUUAAACUUAAUGAAGAAAUAAAAAUACCCUACUAAUCGAGUGAGUUAUUUGUAUUCGAUUAGUUGUGAUGUGCAACGUUUAAUUUAAGAUUUAGAAAACAUUAUUUUUUUUUUUCCGAAGUUUAUCAACGAACUUUAUAUUUGAAAAGAUCAAAUCUCUAGUCAUUACGUCGGUACAGUCUACGAUAGCAGCUAUUCGCUAAACGGUGCCAAAAUAAAUUGACGUAAAUUAAUUUUCUUUUCUUUUUUUUUUUUUGAUUGUUGUAAUUG